GAGAUGGCGGUCAUCAGACGAAACGUUAAAUCAAUUAUGGUCCGACGGGUUAGCAGAAAACGAAGUACUUCGAAUCGAGUCAGAAAGUGACAACAUGAAAGUAAUGAUGCCCGAAUUUGAGAGUAGAAGAACAACAAAACAAACAUUAUUGCAACACCAGUCGAUAGACGACCUGUUCGGAGGUGCAUUAGCAUCAACAUUGAAAUUAAGAUCGCUUAUCUAUAAAAUCUGGACAAUGAAGUAUGAUUGGAACGACGAAUUAGAAGAAUCGUUACGAAACAAGAGAAUAUUAGACGACCACGAACUAUCGAAAUUUGUCAGUGCUAAUCAAGACGCUAUAGAUGCUGUGUGUUAUUUAUCGAACCAGAAUCAAAUAAGUUUUACGUAUGCCGAAUCCAAACUAAUCAAACCGACAAAAAUAGUAAGCGGUGAACUAUUGGUAUUUACGGUGGGCGAAAACAUCAGUCAAACGGUAUUGGAGAUAUUGCAUCUGAAAAGAACAAUGGUGCGGUCAGACUCGAUGGACAACGUCAAACGACUAGAGGAUGACAUUAAUAAAUCAUAUCGCUUGAAAUUAACCGAAAUCGUGAACGAACAACCGAUAUCGAUUAUGAUGCAAGUAACCAAAAAUGGCAGCAAGGAAAAAGGAUUUGAUAUCGCAAGAUGGGAUCUAACAACAAAACGGUCGUAUCAAUCAUGGGAAGAAUUAGUUCAAAAACAAUCAGAUGAAUGGAAAAAAUCAAUCUAUGACAACAACGAUGAACUAACAAUAUUGAUCAAAUUACAUCAACAGCAAUUUAUAGACGAACAAUUUGAGAAAACGAAACUGUGGUUCCAUGACGAAAGUGGUUUAGCAUGGUGUUUGACCAGAUUAGAGCGUAUGGAAUUAGAAUAUAACGAAAAAUAUCCGAUUGUAUGGCCAACGUGUGAACACAACAAAGCAUUCGUACGAUGUCUGCAUCAGAAUGAUGAGCAUGGCUCAGUGACGUAUUCAUUAUCGAACUUAAGCCUGAAACACUUUGUGCUUGGCGCCCAGCAAUUAUUGAUAACGAUAAAGAAACGAUGUGCAAAAUAUCGACAAAUAAGUAGUAAACCGUUAAAGGUGUUUACAAGAUUUUAUGAAAUAUUAGUCAAAGCUAUGACGAGUAGGCUUCGCAACAUUGUGUGGCAAACGGAACAAAAAACAAGAAAUAUGUUAUUAGCAUCGUAUCGAGUACAAUCCAUGAUGAAUAGUCGACCACGUAUGCAGACAGAAUUACAUAGAUUAACGAUGAAUCAUUUGGUAUACGGCAAUAAUCAACGUUUCCUAUUGAUAUCUCCAUGGAAAGACAUUGCGGAUUAUUUAUUGGUCAAGUAUUGGCAACGAACAGAAAGAAUGAUAAAUGGAGCGUAUCGAGAUGUUCAUCUAAAGAAAUUGCAGCUAUAUCGCAAAAAUAAUAAACAUUAUGAAUACGUGAACGUGGGCGAUCAAGUAUUAUUAGUCAACGACAAUACACCAAUUGGUUCCUGGCGUGCUGGUCGAGUAAUGGAAAGAAUCUCGAACAAAGAUGACGUUUACCGGACGGACAAAAUCCAAGUUGAUGGUCGAGUGGUUGAAAGGCCGGUGCGGAAGAUCGAGCUUCUCGAGGAAGAGGGGAAGAAUGUUGCCGAUACAACGAACAUGACUAACCAAACUGGUAUCGACAUCUACAGGACGUUUGAUUAUCGUCAGCUGAUGUGUGAUGAUUAUAAAAAGCAGAGUCGAUAAAACAUAGUGUUGUUGUUCUGCCGACAGUAUACGAUGAAUUAUAUUAUAUUAUUAUCAUGU